GGCUACUAUGUAGAUAGUUGUUUUAAAUAUAUGUUAGAAGAGGGAAAGUUCAUAUUUAUAUACUUGAGGGCUUGUGUCAUAUUUUUAUGUCUGUUAUAAGAGCACUAUCUUGUUGUCAGGUACAGCCAUCAUGCAUGAAUGUUGUACGUAUAUUUUAUAUUCAUCUAAUAUCCUGGAAUACUUGCUUUGUGAAGAGGACAUGAUGUAUGACAAAGUGGAAUGAAUUUAUUGAGAUUUGAUGUAACAUGAAGAAAGAAAAGGAACAGUGUGACUUUUUAAAUAUUAUGUGAUUAAUUAGUCAUUGAUAAGAUUAUGUAGCUAACAAAACUUUUUGGCAAGGUAAUGCCAUGAGGCUUCUUAUUAGCCUGUCUACUGGACUUACAUUAUGCAUAAAAUUUCAGAAGUUCCCAGUGAAUGGUGAUGCUGAUGGUGUAGUUGCAUCAACACUUUCACAGUUUGCCAAACAUGUGUCUGAAAUGAGUUCUUGGGAGCACAUUGUGGCAACACAGAUUGCAGAUGGAGCAGUUUAUCCUCUGUCAAGAUUUAUUGAUACUGAACUCCAUGAGAUGGAAACUAUGGCAACUCUGUAUCAGGUUUGAAUUUCAAACUUUCUUCCCUUUUGUUGACAUUGGUUAUGUUAUGGAUAUGUCUAAAAGAAAACUUGCCAAAUGAUAUCAGAUAUUUUA